ACGUAGUUGACGGCGCACAGUUUGAUUGCGGCUUUCGCGUGGUCAGUAGUUGCAGAAACAUGCAUUUGAGCUAACACAGCAAGCAGUGAAAAGUGAUAGACAAAUUAGGCAAAUAUUGUUUUAAGGUGUAAAAGAAGUGGACAAGACAAAUAAAAUAAAAUUUUAAGAUUAAAAAAAGCACUUUGUGAACAAAAAUAUCUAAAGAGCAGACAAAAAGCAAUUAUUUGGAUUUUUAUACGUUCUGAAGCAUACUUUUUUGGAAUUUUGCUGCUGUUUUUGCUAGUGCAAAUGAAAAAUUAGUAUAAAAAAAUUGAAUUUAAUUCAAAGAAAAUAUUAUUUCACACUAUUACUUAACUACACUCAAAUACAAAUAAAAUAUAAUACUAAUAAAUAUUAAAUAAAAUGCGCAUUGCAUUCGACAAUAGUUUUGGUUACAUUUCUUUGCUGCUGAUAAAUUGUUUGUUGCUCUCCAGCAGCGAGGCGCAGCGCACCGUCGGCGCACGCGGCGUGUUGCGUAGAAACUAUACGGGCAAAAAACCAGUUGUCAUACAACAUCGCUCUCAGGAUGCCGUCAAUUAUUACGAACAUGAAAAUGGUGCCAAAAUAAUAAAAUCCUCUCAUUUUGAGUUGGAUUAUACGCUGGGAAGAAAAAUUACAUUCUUCUGCAUGGCACAGGGCAAUCCACGUCCCACAAUCACUUGGUUCAAAGAUGGCGCCGAAUUGUAUCAGCAUCGAUUUUUCCAGGUACAUGAGUCACACAUUGAUACGGAUAUAAUCAAAUCGAAAAUGGAAAUCGAUCCGACCACACAAAUGGAUGCAGGCUACUAUGAAUGCCAAGCCGACAACAUUUACGCAAUCGAUAGACGCGGUUUUCGCACCGAUUACGUUAUGAUUAACUUUUAGUAAAUACAAUUUUCUAAAUACCAAACUUUUGUGUAAAUUUUUUUUUAGAAAAUGUAUACGAAUAAAUAUUGCACGUAAUAUAAAAUAAAAUAUAUAAAUAAGUGCUAACAGUUAA